AUGGAAAUUUUGUGUCAACGUUUAACGACUCCGCGCGCUUUCCUUAUGAGCACACUUACAAUUUGGCAGAAGGAGACAAAGCUUUACCAUGAAGGAUGGAAGAAUGAAUCAAAUGAAAAUUUAAUGAAUGCUCUGAUUCAGAUUCAAAUGAAGACUCAAAGCAGUCUUGAAGUGCCCAAGCAGGUCCGUUCAGCAUCGUUCGAUGAAAUCAAACUUGAAGCUCAACGCACAGCUCAAUACUUACAUCAAUCAUCAACAGACUCACAAACUGGCUUGCUUACCGUUCCAACAGCGCAACCUCAACAAAGAUCUAAAAGCUUCGAUUCGGCUGGCAUCGAACCAAGUGACGCAAAUGCAUCAUUUCUUGACGUACCAAAGCGCUUUCAACGACGAAAGUCAAGCGCUAAACCACCGGUUUGCAUUCAUUGUCAAUAUGUCGAGGAACAACGGAAGCGUGGCAGUACCGCCGGAUUUUAUUUUGAUGCUCAAGAGUUUAAAGCACUCACAUACUCCGAAUCAUCAUCAUCGUCAUCGUCUUCGGAAAGUGAAGACGAUGAGCAAGAAGAAAAAGAAGAAGCGAAAGAUGAGGAAGAUGUAGAUUAUUAUUUCCAAAAGCAGACAACGCUUCUUCUUCCCUCACCAUGUAGCAUAACGUUUACUCUCUCGCCAACGAUUUGUGAUUAUCCAGCCUUUCCCCUGCCAGGCAUUGUGCCGGGCUCGCCACCAGUAUUGCCUUCAUCACCUCCCAUUUAUCCAACAUCACCCACUAUAGAACUUUCAAAUGAUCUCGAUGAGAUUGAGGUGCCUGGGCCGCGUGCAAGACGACGCUCAAUAUCGCGACAGGAAGCAAUUUUUGUUGAGCCCACGGGCACAUCUCUCGAGAAUGUCUCAAUUACUUCCGAUACAGAACAAAAAGAUGAAGCAACGGACGAUGAUAAAGAGAAGAUAGAAAAGCAAGCAAAGUCGAAUGAUCCUUUUGUUCGUGAUAUUUUCCUAACUGUGCCUGACUUGAAGCGGGACCGUGCCGCAUCGGUCGAUUCAUGCUUCACAAAAGUCUCAUCAGCAGCUAAAACGGAAGAAGUACAACCACCACCUGAUGGUGAUUUAAAUUUAUUAACCGUACCAAGUAGUGGAGCGGUGCGUUCGCGCAGUGUCGACAUUGUUCUUCCAACUGAACAACAAGCACGCUAUAAAGCUCUUGCAUUAGCGCAUGGACCAGCUAGCAAUUUAUAUCAUAAAGGAAAACCCGGCGACCAUUCAGGUUCACGGCAGAUAAGAAACACACCCGACUGGUCGGACAAUGCAGUAUCAGGAGAUCACUUGUGGGUGUCGACAUCGGUUUCCGGCGAUUGUUGUUAUGUCGGAGACAACGAUUGUACUAAACACGGGCCACGGAUGAAAUGCUCUGCAUGCAAAAUCAUCGCUCACGCUAGCUGUAUAGCUAUGCUCAUGGAACGCUCGCAAUUAGCGUGCAAACCAACAUUUAGAGAUGUUGGUGUUCGUCAAUAUCGUGAGCAAACGCGAACACUUCAUCACUGGAUCCAUCGGCGGACGGAAAAAGGAAAAUGUAAACAAUGUGGAAAGUCAUUACAAGCGAAAUUAUCAUUUAGUUCAAAAGAGAUUGUUGCUUUAUCUUGUGCCUGGUGUAAAUCGUCAUAUCAUAAUAAGGAGGCUUGUUUCAACCCUCAACGAAUCGGCGAAGAAUGCUCGUUAGGCGUUCACUCGCGUAUUAUUGUUCCACCGUCGUGGAUCGUCAAACUGCCACGCAAAGGUAGUUUUAAAUCAUCAUUAAGGAAAACACCAAGAAAGAAACCCGCUGGAAAGAAGAAGACCAAAGAGAAGGAAUUAAAGACGUUUGUGAUAAAACCGAUUCCCACACCGAGUGUGUCACCAGUUCUAGUAUUCAUUAAUCCCAAAAGUGGCGGCAAUCAAGGUGCGAAACUUCUCCAAAAAUUUCAAUGGCUUUUAAAUCCACGUCAGGUGUUUGACUUGACACAAGGGGGACCAAAAAUGGGCCUGGAGUUAUUUCGUAAAGUGCCAAAUUUGCGUGUGUUAGCAUGUGGCGGUGAUGGAACGGUUGGUUGGGUCUUGUCUGUUCUCGAUCAAAUAGGAUUGUCACCGCCUCCAGCUGUUGGAGUUUUACCGCUUGGUACGGGAAAUGAUUUAGCGAGAGCGCUUGGUUGGGGUGGGGGUUACACUGAUGAGCCAAUCGGGAAAAUACUUUCAAAUAUUGGAAACUCAGACACCGUGCUUUUAGAUCGAUGGAAUCUAAAUGUUGUUCCCAACCCCGACGCUUCCGAUUCAUGUGAUGGAAAAGAUUCUCUACCACUUAGUGUCGUUAACAACUACUUUUCACUUGGUGUAGACGCUCACAUUGCGCUUGAAUUCCAUGAAGCUCGAGAGGCCCAUCCAGAAAAGUUCAAUUCACGCUUGAGAAAUAAAAUGUUUUAUGGACAAAUGGGUGGAAAAGAUUUACUGAAGCGGAAAUGGAAGAAUCUUGCUGAGCUGGUGACACUUGAAUGUGAUGGAAAAGACAUAACGCCAAAGCUAAAAGAGCUUCGUGUACAUGCGAUCGUGUUUCUUAACAUUCCAAGUUAUGGUGGCGGUACACAUCCGUGGAAUAAGUCAGGUGGACAAUAUGAACCAGCAACUGAUGAUGGAUUAAUCGAAGUCGUUGGCUUAACGACAUAUCAACUUCCAUUGUUACAAGCUGGUGGCCAUGGCACUUGCAUCGCUCAAUGUCGUUCAGCAAAAAUUAUCACAUCGAAAACAAUUCCAAUGCAGGUUGAUGGUGAAGCUUGUAAAGUGAAACCUUCAAUAAUCGAAAUGUCUCUGCUUAAUAAAGCUGUGAUGUUAGCAAAGAAGACACCAGGACGAACGAAUGUUCCACAAACGACUCUCGAACCGAUGAAUAUUGGCAUAAGUCGAAUCAAAAUGUCGGAUUAUGAACAACAUCACUACGACAAAGAAAUAAUGAAGCAAAGUGCUGAACCAAUGGGAACGAUUGAAGUCAACCCAACAUUAGAUCUUGAAGCAAUUCGUAUGCUUAUUAAUAAAUUAUGUGAUGAAAGUGUUGAAAGUCCUAAGUUAUCACCAGACUGGUGCUUCAUUGACUCCUGUACAGCUGAACGUUGUUUCCGUGUUGAUCGAGCACAAGAGAAUCUUCAUUACGUGACAGAUAUUGCGACAGAUGUGAUUUAUGUGUUAGACCAAGAAUUGCCGACAUUGCCACAGACGCCUGAAAAUGAGAUUCCGAGUAAUCUCAUGCAGCCAAUAAUAUCAAGCUUGGAGUCGAGUGAAAAAGAUUCACGUGAAGGAACCCCACAGUCACCUAGCUUAAAGUUCUUCAAUCGAUCACUGUCCGGGCCAAACUCGGGUGGAACAUCUGACUCAUUGUCACCUGGGCUUGAUGGGCCAUCAAGGAAAAGUUCUCAAGGUUCACAAGGAUCAAAUGGAAGUCCUAAAAAUUCUUUAACUGCAUCGAAAGAAGACAUCGAAAAUGAUAGUAAUGGAGAAGCUGCCAACUACAAAACCUUUCACAACCGGUUGUUCGGUUUUAAUGAAGAUGCUUUUGGAUUCAGCAAUUUAUUGGAAAAGACAAGUGAUGCUGUGAUUAAAGCAUCAAAAACGGGAGACUUAGCAUUGUUGAAGGAACUACACCUUCAAGGAUACUCACUUUUAUCGAUUGAUUCGAUGGGACUUACAGCACUUCAUCAUGCCAGUCGUUAUGGGAAUAAAGACGUUGUCAGAUUUCUGAUUGCUUAUGCGCCCAAUUCUAUUAUUAACAUGAUUGAUAAUGAGAAAAGUCAAACGGCAUUGCAUAAAGCUGCCGCAUUGAAACGAAGAAGUAUUUGUUAUAUGCUUGUAGCCGGCGGAUCCAAUUUGCUUAUUCAAGAUAAUGAAGGCAAAACACCAAAAAUACUGGCACUUGAAGCUGAUGAUCACGAGUUGGCAGCUUAUCUCGAGAGUCAAGAGCAAUUUCACUGCUAAGAUAUCGAAUUUACGGUAAGAAGGCAGAAGAAUCUCUUAAAGCUGACCAUACAUUUAACAUAUCAGAAUUAAGAAUCGACAUUCCAAUUUAUUGCUUUCUUUCCGUUUUCUCAUUCAAGUCGCUUUUGAGUGGAGAAUUGUAAAAAGAAAAUUCAAAUGAAAUGAACUAAGAAGAAAAAUGUGUUUUUGACGAAUCUUGAAGUUGACCAAGAAGAAUAAAAUUAAAAUUUAAUUGAAUUAAAUGAAGAUAAGAUUAUCUACAUGAAUAAUGAAAGAAAUUCCUUUAAUUAAUUCGCUCGUUUUCUCAAUUUCUCAAUGUAAAAUUUGUACAGACAAAACAAAAAAAAAGUUAAAUACAUUGUGGUAAAAAUUAGAUGAACAUAAACGAAAGUUUGCUGAACUUCAGCAACGUAAAUAACUUUAAGAAUAUUUUCCAAAACAAAAAUAAUAAUAAAAAAUUUUAAGUCAUUGCCAAUCAAAAAUUUGACAUGAAGAUAAAUGAAAAGUGAAACUUAUGAUGUUUGAGUAAAAUCUGUAAAUAUUUAAGAAAACAUUUAUUAAACAAAUAGUAAAAGCUAAGAUUUAUGUAAAAAAAUACUCAUUUUGAAACCGUUCAUAAAGAAAUCUCAGAGCAGCUCCUAAUAAAAGUUUAAAUUCUUUUUCUUAUUCUUGUUCAAUAAAUUUUAAUUCAGAUGAAGCAAUGUGAAGAUGUAGCAGGAGAUUGGAACAUUUAAAGGAAAUAGUUUACAGUGGCAAUUGAAUGCAAAGAUAUGAAAAAUUGUUUAAUCUUUGCACGUUUUCUGUAAACUUUUUCCUAAACACCAAAACCGCCUGCAGCAACUCAACACAGACCAUAAACUUCUGAAAGAAAAUCUGAUAACUUUUUCUGAAAGAUUUUUCCUUCUUUGGACAUCAAUCAUUGGUGGCAAUGCUAAAAAUCUUUCAGUUAACAUUUUGACUUUCAGAGUUUUCUUUCUUAUGAACUUUAAACUUUGAUAAUAUUUCACGUAUCAGAUGAUAUCUCACAUCGAAACAUGAUUAAAUCACUUGAUAUUAUUGGAUCACUUGACAAUUGGCAAAACUUAAUGAUGACUAAAAUAUAUUUUUUUACCAAAAUUAAUUAACGAAUAUAAAUGAAAAUAGAAAACAUAAAGUGGGGAAAGGAAGUAAAAGUCAAUUACUAAAAUUAAAAGAAAAUUAAGAAGCAAUUUUGCAUUCGUGUCAAGGAAUGAACAGCGGCCACGAUGUUUAUAUUUAGUAAAGUCAAGUGUAACAUGAAGUGAAAAACAAAAUUUCUCGGUUAAAAUAUUUGUUAAUGAAAGAAAAAUUUGAAUAUAAUAAAUUAUCGUGUCGUACUUUGUCAUCAUUUUUCUUCUUGCUAUAAUUGAAAGCGUCGUCUUUCUCAUUAGAUAAAUUAAAAGUAAUAAAUUUAAAUAAGAAAAGAGAAUUUUUCUGCAUAAUAAUUUUUUAUCAUGAUUAUUUAUUCGUUUUUGGAACAUGUUCCUUUGUUGUCGGUGAUUAAAUAUAAUGAUAUGAGAUAAGAGAAAAACAAAUAUAUAUAAUACAAAAACAUGUACUUAAAAGCGUUGUUACAAGAAUUAUUUCUUUCGGGUUUAGAUAAUAGUAACUCGUAAAGCAUUUAUAAUUUGUUUUUCAACCGUUUCGGUUGCUACUUUUCAUUUGGUUAUUGCGUGGAAGUGACAUUAGUGAUGGAGCUGAGAAAUGAUAGCUCGAUAAUUAAUUUCAGUGUAGAGUCUUCGUGCCUCUAGACUCUACAUCUGAUUUCAUUCACUUCUUAUCUCAAUCUUUUCAUGGAUCUUUUUUCAUUCCUUUCUCAUAGCUCAUAAUAAUGAAAGACGUGAAAGUUGAUUGAGAAUGAAAUUUGAACAGAAAAUGUAGGAAAUUUUUCUUCAUUCUCUUUCUUCAGAUUUUUUUCUCGCUUUUAUUACUAUAGCGAUAAAAAAAUUCAUUUCGCCUUCAAGAGUCUCGGAUUCACUUUUAUUUUGAGCUAAAUAUGAAAGAAAAAUCAAAGAAUGAAAAAAGACUCCAUGAAAUAUCUUUCUUUGAAACAAAAUAAAUAAACAUCUAUAACUACUGUAGAAAAAUGUUUGAGAAGAAAAAGAAUAAAAAUAAAUAAAAUUUUCAUUCAUAAUGAAAGCUUCAUUCAAGCUCAACUUUGACAAGCUUUUCGUUUAUAAAAUAACAAAAUCAGGUUGAAAUGCGAAUGACAAUCUCAACGUCAUGUCGGGUUAAUUCUUAAAUCCAUUAAGUAUCCAUCAUUUGUGUUGAAUGAAAAGAGUUUCAUGUGCGUGGGUAGAUGACACAGAAAUAAAGAAAAAAUGUUUUAAUAAUUUUUCCAUUUAAUUUGAAAAUAAUUAAAUGUUUAAAAAAGUCACAAAAAGUGGACGAAAAUUGGAAAAUCUUUUAAGAAUGAAAUUGUCUGGUAAUUAGCACAUUGCCACUUUUUUGCUUAAAUACAUUUAUAUAAUGAAUAAAUGGCUCACGUUAAUUACCGGACUUAAGCGAUCUCAAAUUACUUCCGUGAUUCUCAUCAACAUCUAAACUGAACCUUUGCAUUUAAAAAGGUUACAUUUUACAGAUAUCAAGUUGAUUUUGCGUUUCAGUCGGUACCACUUAGGGAAAUUAAAAUUUUCUCAUCUUUUUCAAAUAUUCAAAAUAUGAUGGAAAAUUCUUGAACCUCACCCGAAAAGAAAAAGGAAAAACAGUUCUCUGGGGUGAGAUUCAAGAGAAGUAAAUAUUUGAAAUGAAUUUCCACAAUGUUACUUGAGCCCACAAUUAAUUAUUCAAAGUCAAUAGAAGUGGAACGUUUUAGAUUAUCGCAAAUUGAAGAUUAUCAACUCAAUUUUUACUCACAUUCAAACACCCACAACAUAACAUCGUUCUUCAACAUUUAACCCAAGAACGUUAACUGGUUGAGAUAUAUCUUUCAAAAGGCUAUGACGUAAAUCAUAAGAGUUGAUAGAGCAUAGGAAGGAGACAGAAGGAUGGAGGAACAAGAAAGUUAAACUUGAAAACCUUUUUAAUUAAUUUUUGAAAUACUUGUUCAAAUCUCUCAAAGAUAUUAGUGUUGUUGAGUAAAGAAAUAUUCUGUUAAAAGGUUUUUCUUGCUUACCAAUAUUGUAUAAUAUUAUGGGAUAUAUUUAGGAAGGUUUGCUUGAAUAUCUUUUACAUCACAAGCCUGAGUCACGUCGAAAUUAUAUCGCAAUAAAACUCUGAACAUGACGUUUAAGAUUUCAAUCCAUAUGAAGUAAAAAUUUGUGAAAAACAAUUCGUUUCGCAUUUCUUGCGAUCAAAAACAUAUUUUGAAACAAUGAAUGAAGAGAAGAAAAAAAAUUAUUUAUGUUGUGAAAAGCAUCAUGUUGAGUCGUAAAGAAUUUUUGCGGUGAAAAUAUGUUGUGGAAAUAUGAGAGAAAAAAGAAAAAUAAAUGACAAUCAUAAAAGAAUCUUGAUGUUUGUAAAUGAUAUUUGACAAUGAAUAGACUCUUAAAGGAGUGAAGAUAAAAAAACAUAAAUUUAAGAAGAAAAAGAAAUAAAAGUAAAAAAAAUAUUUGUGACUAUCAUAAAGCACUUUUGAAGUCCCCGAUUUAUGAAAUGCACUGAAUUGACAUUGAAAGUUUAUUAUUUUUUAAGAAUGAUUUCGUAGAUAGAUAAUUAAAUAAAUAAAUUAAAGUAUCGUAAUUGCUCGCGAUUGGUCAUGUUAAAAAGAGAAAUUCUAUAUUUUUAAAUUUCAUAAAUAAUAUUUGAUUACGAAGCGAAGAGUUUAAGAUUUUAUUAAAAAGUUAUUUUCCCGACUCAUUUCUAGUCGCUUAGUCUUCAUUAAGAAAUUCAUAAUUUUUGCAUUAAAUAAAAGUUGAAAGAAAUAAGAAAAUAAAAAUCGAACUUUACUUUCAAAGCGAUAACUCAUAAUUGCACUGCAAGCACCGAGGAAUUUAAAAAACAGGAAAUGGAAAAAAAAUGAAAAAAUCUUAUGAACUACGAAGGGGAAAAAAGAUUAAAGAAAUACUUUUUCCUUUACUCUCAUCUUAUUAGGGAAACUUUUCUAUUUGUGCAUUUUCCCAAUGGGAUUUUUCUACCUAAUGUGUUUUGUGAUUCCGAAGAAAUAUUUUUCAUAUAUAAAAAAGGAAUGCUUGUCAUCCGAAGCUAAUCUAAGAACAUUCUAGGGAGCAAAAGCCUCUAGGCGAAUGACGAAUUUCCCAGGUUUUUGAUAAGUAGAGCGAAGGUCGUUGUUCCCUUGGAAAUUUUAGGGAGCAUGUAAAAGGAAAAUGAAAUAAUUGUUGAAAAUGAAAAAUUGAUUUAAUUUGUUUACUUCCUUCUCUUCAAAGAAAAAAACUUCUCCAUCAUAAAUAUGUAAAAAAAAACUUUUAAAGAUGAAGAAAACUAAAAGAAACAAUUCUAUGCAAUUAUUUUUUCGCACCAAUGCAUGAGAAAGCCUUAAACAUUCCCAUAAUUUGAUAAAUAUGAUAAUUAAUUUUCCAAAACAAUUGUUUUCAAAAGCUUGAGAUAAAUUUUCUUUCAAAUGUAAACAAAAGAUCUUUGAUAAUCAGGCUAUGAACCUUCAUGGUAAAUCAUGUUUAUUCAAUCUAAAAUUUGUAAAUUCAUUGUAUGAUAACAAAUACAAAAAGUAAGAAGAAAAUGAAACUCAUUCUAUUGAUCGGAAAAUUUGUGUUUAAUAAACUUUGAAACAAAAUUUUGCGUCAAUAAAUUUCUUUCUCAAACAUCUAUCAAAAAUUCAGAAAAACAAGAAAGUCUGUAACUCAAAGAAAUAUGAAAUAUUUAAAAUACUUUUGAAACAAUAUUUAUGUUUAAACAAUGAAGCAAAAUAAAAGGAAAAAAAUUAUAUUUGAAAAUCUAUCAAGAUGAAAAAUUGAAAAGAAUUUGGAAAAAUCUCAAUAAAAAGAAAUUCAUGAA